UUUUCGAUGAUACUGCAUUAGGGCUAAAGAAUACGAAGUAAAAACAACUUGUAUCAAUUUAAGCAUUUCGGUUACCACCUAGAAAUGUGCCUUUUUGGGUCCUAGUCGACUAAUGACUAUGUUUACGAAACGGCAUUUGUGGUUAUUCCCAACCCCAGAGAUUUAUCAUUUAAAAUGAGUGAACACAUUGCAUUUUUUGCAACAUUGUAGUCUUGAUCCUAUUAAUAGUGCAGUUUGCGGUCCUGCGAUUGGCUCUUGAACGUUUGCCUGCGCCAUGCUUAACUGUGAUUGGCCAGUUGGUGUACUGUACUGCGCGAGACGGCUACACUCAAAAUGGGUUCUAAACGAUCACUGUCCGACCAAAUAGAACACACGGAUUUGGCGGCAAAACAAGCGCGGAUUAUUGGAUCUGGAUGGACCGGUGUGAACGAGCGCACGUUCAUUGUAGUGAAGCCAGACGGUGUUCAGCGCAGACUGGUGGGCGAGAUCAUCCGCCGCUUUGAACGCAAGGGCUUCAAACUGGUCGCCAUGAAGUUUCUGCAGGCAUCUGAGGAGCAGCUCAGACAGCACUACUGGGAUCUGAGGGAGAAACCUUUCUACAAUGGCUUGGUCAAAUACAUGAGCUCCGGACCCAUUGUCGCUAUGGUAUGGCAGGGGCUGGAUGUGGUGAAGACCUCCAGAAAGAUGCUUGGAGAGACAAACCCAGCAGACUCUCUCCCAGGGACUAUCAGAGGAGACUACUGCAUGGAAGUGGGCAGGAAUGUUAUCCAUGGCAGUGAUUCAUUUGAAAGUGCGCAGAGAGAGAUCUUGCUGUGGUUCCAGCAAAAUGAAUUGUUCUGCUGGGAUGAGUGCAGUCAGCACUGGAUCUACACUUGAAAGCCAUUUUAUGCACACAUUUUUAAACUCAUUGUAACAUGCAGGUUUUGUGGCUGAACAUAACUCUGGCAGUAUGAUACAUGCUCCUGUAAACUCUGCUCUGCUACAAGAGACCAAAAAUAAUUCACAGCUUCGUCAGUAUAAGCUAGCCAUUCUUGACUUAUGUUGACAAGGAAAUGGAUUCCCUAAAAUCUAGUUAUUGGUCAAGCUAUCUUGAGGGGGGUGAAAAUAUAUUUAAUCUCUACAGAUAUUCAUGUACUCUAGUUUGGAUAGGUAAAUCAUGCCCUUAUGGGAUCUUAAAUGCACUACUUUAAAUUUCUUAAUAUUUUACUUGUUUACAUACACUUGAAAUACAUUGUUUAAAUUUUUUACAUCAAACCUUUGAAUAGGGCAUGUUUCUGGUCAUCAUGAUGCACUAUGGAACAGAUACAUUUCUUUAUCAUCACUCAAAAGAAAAGCAAUAAUAAAUGAAAAAUGGCCAGUGUGCUAUGAAAAACUGACUUGAAUAUCAUAUGUUUUGUCUUACUCUGGUUGGAACUCGAACAAAUGGCACCUUACAUUACAAAUAAAUAUUUUCUAAAACUUUUCCAUGUUUUCAAGGAUUAUGUAAUUUUAAGUGUUUACUUACUAACUAUGGAGUGUAAGACAGAGAAUUCUUCAGCACAUAAGCAUGUUUAUUACUUAAUCUUUAACCACACAGAGAACACAGAGUGAUGAUUUACAAACAAGGUGACUGGGCGGGAUGUCCGUCUGUCAAACCUGCAGCCAAUAAAAGGCCUCAACCUCAUGCAUUAUCCCAAGGGGAGGUUGCCUGGUCCAAUCAGCACACAUCUCACUGAGAUUGAAAAAUGACAAGCUGCAAUUGGUUAAAGUGAUUUUGUUCUUGAAUCCAUUUAUCUUAAUGUUUUUUUCCUUUAUGUAUUUACUUAAAGUAUGAGUUAAAAUGGCAUUGAAACACUCCUUUGGGUAGUGCUAGAUUAUCAAAACAAAUUCUGACCAUUUUAUUUAUCAUCUCACUUAUUCACUUUUUUUUCCUUUGCUUUCUUCAGUGCAUACUGUACUCUAGUAUUUACAUAAUUCUUACGUUCUGUGUCUACAUGUCUAGUCAGGACAAACAAGUCGUUUUUGUCAAAAUUGUAAAGUUCAACCAGCUGCUUCUCUCUGAAACCCUACACAAUGAGUUCCUG